AUGGGCAACAAGAGUAGUCGUGUGAGUUCACCGCUGCAAGCGAGAUCGUACUCGCGACCGUCUCCUUGCGGCCGUCCAUCGGGGUCUCUCUACUCAACUUCAGCAGUGUCUCGUACCAAGGACCCAAACUACGGUGCUCCCAGCCCCGCCGAGCGCGGUAUGCUGUACUGUAAGACCAAAAACACGACCCCGGCUCCAUCACCCUCUACGAUGUACGGCAAGAAGUCCAAGACCAACACGAAGGCUGCCCCGACACCAACCUCACUGUAUUCCAAGCCGUCGGCAGCCUCCACGCCCACACCGACGCCGACGUCUCUAUACUCAAAGAAGUCCAAGGGAUUUCUGACGCGGGGCUCUUCACGAUCGUCCAUGUCGCGAUCGAGAAUGUCAUUAUCUGGUACUUCGUUCGGACAGCCGUCACCUUUCGCAAUAUCAGGAGCCUCUGCCAGCUCCGCGCAUUCGCGGUCGACGGUGGUGGCCAAUGGUUCACUGCAGACGCCGAUGACCUCGUGUGUUAAGUGCCGGAUGCCGUUCGGAAACUCCACUGCCGCCUUCUGCCGGGACUGUGGCCACCCACGACCGACUGGUACCGUCGCAACAGCGCAGCGAGUGAGCGAGGGACGCGACUCGUUCGGAAAGCAAGCUGUUGCGUUUUAG